AUGUUUAAAUUUAGCAAUCUUUAGUCAACUUAUAGGUCCAUACAUUCUAACUCAUUUCCUAUUUGGUAUAAUGAAAUCAGAACCUUCAAAUUAUCCUAAUUAUAUUUCAAUCAUCACUUUACUCAUAUUAGGCUUAUCAUAUUCAAUGUACUGCUUAUUAUUAUUCCUACUGUUUAAUAUGCUGUACCUUAAAGAUUGGUUGGAACUGCCUUUGGUUUUGUUGGUAUGUUUACAAAUACAGCUAUGACUCUAUUUCCUUUAGUAGCAGCUAAAAUUGUAGAGAACUCUAUCAAUCAAGAAUAAGGUUACUCAUUUGUAGCAUCAAUUGUAGGAUUACUAUUUACAAUUUCACUUUAUUAUUUAGAUACAUAAAAUUCAAUAAUCUUAGAUUUUAUUAAUCCAGAAUCCAAUACUUAGACAGAGUAAGAAAUUCUAAAAAGUAUGGAAUGCAGUUAUGAGGAAAAGAUGAUAGAAAUUUGA